CAUACCUCCUACUCCUCAUACACUUCAUACACUUCAUUGUUCCCCAUAUCUCUCUCUCCGUCCUUCUCAGCACAUCAUCGACCUCCAGCCGCAAUCAUGGCCUCUCCACAGCAACUCCGCACGGUGACGACCGAUCUGCUCAAGAUCAACCACCCCGUGAUGCUCGCCGGUAUGAACGUCGCCGCUGGUCCCAAGCUCGCCGCCGCAGUCACCAACGCAGGCGGUAUUGGUGUUAUUGGUGGUGUCGGCUACACUCCAGACAUGCUGCGAGAGCAGAUUGCAGAGCUCAAGAGCUUCCUGGACGACAAGAAUGCUCCCUUCGGCGUUGAUCUCCUGCUCCCACAGGUUGGUGGCAGCGCACGAAAGACCAACUACGACUACACCAAGGGCAAGCUCGACGAGUUGAUUGACAUUACAAUCGAGUCCGGCGCCCGUCUCUUCGUCUCUGCUGUCGGUGUCCCACCAAAGCACGUUGUGGAGAAGCUCCACAAGGCUGGAGUGCUCUACAUGAACAUGAUCGGACAUCCUAAGCACGUCAAGAAGUGCCUUGAUCUGGGCGUGGAUAUGAUUUGCGCACAGGGAGGAGAAGGUGGAGGCCACACGGGAGAUGUCCCAACUACUAUCCUGAUCCCUGCAGUUGCUAAGCUCUGCGAAGGGCACAAGAGCCCUAUGACCGGCAAGCCCGUUCAGGUGAUUGCAGCAGGUGGUAUCUUCAACGGACAGUCUCUCGCAGCUGCUCUUGCUCUUGGCGCUAGCGCUGUGUGGGUCGGAACACGAUUCAUUCUUGCAGAAGAAGCCGGAGCACCAAAAGCACACCAAGAAGCUGUCCGAACGUCGGGCUUCGACGACAACAUCCGCACUAUCAUCUUCACCGGCCGACCCCUCCGCGUGCGCAACAACCCAUACAUUAACAACUGGGAGGUGAACCGACAGAACGAGAUCAAGGAGCUUACAAGCAAGGGGACAAUUCCCGUAGAAUGGGACAUGGAGCGUCUGGGUGAUGACAUUGACGAUGAAACGAUGGACAAUGCACGACCUUUCUUAAUGGGCAAGGCCGCUGCUGUAGUGAAUGACAAGAAGCCAGCACGACAGAUUGUGGACGAACUUGUUGGUGGCGCCGUCGAGUGGAUCUCGAGAAACAACUCGUGUAUUGUGAGCAAGAGCAAGUUGUAGAUUAUAUGCAUCAUGAAACCUUUGCAGCGACUUGUGCAGCUUCUCGUAGCUUGGGCUGUGCCAGGAUAUGGAUGGUAGCCUAAGGCACUCAAGAUUUUUGACUUCAC